AUGGCUUUCAACACCCAGCUAAAUGCAGUAUCCCAGGAUUACCAACCUCCGGGAAAAACAAACAGGGUCACCAACAUAACAGAACCAGACCAGCGUCAUGGAAAAUUAUGUCUGUAUUUCCCGGAUGACGACAAUAAAUUCAACAACAUUUACACAACGCCACCAAUCUUUUCCCCUUUCAAGGAUAUUAAAACGCAAACAGCUUCGUCCUCUUCCUUGGCGUCCAAGAAAAAGCUCUCCGUCUUCAAGAAUGCGGCGUCUUCUUUCUUGCCUUCUUCCAGGAAAAAUGACGGAGGCAAACCUUCUAACUUCAUAGAAUCCUACAACAUCCCAAUUAAUGAAAGAGCUCCUCAAGUAAUACUAGUAAGUAAAAUUCAGUUCUCACUGUCCUUAUAUUAUAUGUGCAAAGGUUCCUCAACGUGCCCGUGUCCCCGCGUGUCUUGCGCCGUUGCGCUGGGCCCCGCCCCCCCGCCUUCCUCUGGCUCGUGCGGCGCUCGCCUGCCGCCCUGCCCGCUCUCCUCGCUCGCCCCCCGUCCGAGCGUUGGAACUGCAAGUCCCCGACAACGUGACCCUCACCCCUCGCUCCACCACGCCCUGACAUCCUCCCGCACUCCCAGUGACCCAACCCCAGUAAAGACCAAGAGCGAUCUGCGCCCUAGCCAAAUCGCUCACGUCAACACGCAUGGCUCUGGUCGGUCGUUAGGUCGAAAGCCCCCCGCACCAAACCCCUACUUCCCAGCCCCAUCGCCACCACCCCCAUCCCUUGCCCCCCGCCCCCCCAAGCCCCAGACCUGGGCCGUCGUCCCACCGCUCACGGCCCCCGGAUAUGCUAAACCACGCCCGGUGUACACCCCGCCAAGCCCUCCUAAUCUGAUCUUCCCUCUCAUCUCCACCUCUCACUUCCACCUGUCUCUUCUCACAUCCACCUUUCAGCACGCCUCCCCCCACCUGCAUCUCAUCCCCACUUCUUGCCUUUCACCUCCAUACUCUUGGAAACAGUCUAAAGUGGAGGCCAUGAUCGUAGCUCCACUUCCUAUUGAACCAAAGCGUGAAAUUGACUUUUUCCCAAGAGUAUUCAGACGGCUGGUAAUGUGCCACCACCACCUGGGUUUUGGGGCUGAAGGAAACCUCGAGAACGUCCUUUGA